GCGCUGCACCUUGGCGAGUCGCAUCACGUGCGGCGGCGGCGGCGGCUCGAUUAGCCAUUAACCGGAGCGGAGUCGGUUCCGGCGGCGGACGGGGGCGUCCUCCCUGCCGGAGCCCGGCUUCCCUCUCUCCCUCCUGUGGCCGCAGAGGCGAGCAGCGGGGCCGGCUCUCUCCCCCCUGCUCUCUCUCUCUCCCCCCCUUCCUCCUCCUCCUCCUCCUCCUCCCCCCGGCUUGCCCCCUCCCCUUCCCCUUAUCAGCAAUUCAGAUCACAUGCAAAUUCCUCCCCCCGCCUCCGCCGGAGCCCUUUUCUGCCUCUGGCGAAGGAGGCGGCCAGCCUGCGCCGGGAAGGGACGGGAGCUCUCGGCCGGCGCCUCCGCGGGGCCGGCAACGCCACAUCCCUCCGUCUCCUUUCUCCGCCCCCCGCGCUCGCUCGCUCUCCCUCCCGCGCGCCUCGCAACUCAGGAUCGCCGCGGGGGGAGGCGCGCAAGCCAGCAGGGGAAGGCUCGCCCGCCCGGCCGCGUCGGGACGCGGGCAAACUCCGGCUUCCUCGCGCGCGGCCGCUCCCGGGCUUCCCCCUCCGCAGCCGGGUCUUUUGUGCCGCGAUGCGGUGGGGAAAGGGCUCCCCCGGCUCGCUGCUCUCGCUGCUGCUCCUGCUGGCAUCGUGGCCGGCCCGUUGCAACGGAAGCUGUCCGGAGAAGGAGCUGGAGCGGCGGGAGGAAGAAGCCAACGUCGUCCUCACCGGGACGGUAGAGGAAAUCCUCAACGUCGAUCCGGUGCACCAGACCUACUCGUGCAAGGUGAGGGUUUGGAGAUAUCUGAAAGGGAAAGAGGUGGUGACGCAUGAGGUCCUCUUGGAUGGUGGGAACAAGGUGAUGAUUGGGGGUUUUGGGGACCCCCUAAUCUGCGACAACCAGGUCUCCACAGGGGACACCCGGAUUUUCUUUGUUAAUCCUGCCCCGCACUACAUGUGGCCUGCUCACAAGAAUGAACUGAUGCUCAACUCCAGCCUCAUGCGGAUUACUUUGCGCAACCUGGAAGAGGUAGAACACUGCGUCGAAGAUAAACCGGUGAAUUACUUCCCCCAGGCAGUGCCCCAGGAUGUCUGUCGAGGGAUGCUGUGUGGCUUCGGUGCUGCCUGUGAGAAGAACCCCGUGGACCCUUCCCAAGGUUUAUGUGUUUGCAAGAAGACCACCUGCCCUUCUGUGGUGGCUCCAGUCUGUGGUUCAGAUUACUCUACCUAUAGUAACGAAUGUGAGCUGGAGAAGGCUCAGUGCAACCAGCAGCGUCGCAUUAAAGUCAUGAGUAAAGGGGCCUGUGGUUCAAAAGACCCCUGCACAGAGGUGGCCUGCAGCUUCGGCAGCACAUGCGUCCGUUCCACGGACAGGCAGUCGGCCAAAUGCAUCUGCGUGUCCCUCUGCAGCGGCGUGCCCGAGAACAUUGUGUGCGGCAGUGAUGGCAAGGACUAUCGCAGCGAGUGCCAUCUGAACCGGCACGCCUGUGACAAGCAGGAAAACAUCUUCAAGAAGUUUGACGGCCCAUGCGAUCCUUGCAAAAACACCCACAAUGACAUGAACAGAGUUUGCCGUGUCAACCCUCGCUCGCGGCAGGCUGAGCUGCUGCCCCGGCCUGAAAGCUGCCCCUUGAAGGAAGACUUGGUGUGCGGGGAUGACGGGGUGACUUACGAAAACGAGUGUGUCCUGCUGAGGACGGGCGCCAUUCGGGGGAUCGAGAUCCAGAAGUUGCGUUCAGAACAGUGCCAGCUUCAAGACAAAUGCCGGGACGAGUGCCGUUUCAACGCCGUGUGCCUUAUCCGCCGGGGACUUGCCCGCUGCUCCUGCGAACGCAUCGUUUGCGAUGGCUCCUACCAGCCUCUCUGUGGCAGGGACAGCCAGACCUACUUCAAUGACUGCGAGCGCCAGAAGGCGGAGUGCCAGCAGAGAGCCUCCAUUCCGGUCAAGCACCAUGGACCUUGUGAUCUCGGCAAGCCGAGCCCCUGCCUGAGCGUUGAGUGCCAGUUUGGGGCUACCUGCGUGGUGAAGAACCAGGAGGCCGUGUGUGAAUGCCAGCAGCUGUGCCAGAGCAUCUACGAUCCAGUGUGUGGCAGCGAUAAUCUCACGUACAGCAACCCUUGUGAGCUGGACGCCAUGGCGUGCGCCCUGCGGAAGGAGAUCCAAGUGAAACACAAGGGCCCCUGCGGCCACUGCGGAAAGUGCCAGUUCGGUGCCAUCUGCGAGGUGGAGACAGGGAGGUGCGUGUGCCCCACUGAAUGUGUUGCCUCCUCUCAACUGGUUUGUGGCACCGACGGGAACACCUACAGGAGCGAGUGUGAACUCCAUGUCCAGGCUUGCAUGCAACAGGCCUCCAUCGAGGUGGCCGCCCAAGGCAGCUGCAAAGCCUGUGGGGCCACAGUGUGUUCCUUCGGGGCGCAGUGCGUGGAGGGGCAGUGCCUCUGCCCCCGUUGCGAGCAACAGCCCUUGGCCCGCGUGUGUGGAAGUGACGGCAUCACUUACAACAACGAGUGCGAGCUGCGUCUGGCGGCUUGUCAGCAGAAGGAGGACCUGGAGAUUGUGAAGAGAGGUCCAUGUGAAGAUGAGUGUGGCUCGGGAGGUGGGUCUGGCUCCGGAGACGCCACUGAGUGUGAGCGGGACAGCUGCCGGAAGUACGGGGGCUCAUGGGACGAGGAUGUGGAAGAUGACCGCUGCGUGUGUGACUAUACCUGUGGGACCGUUCCACAGAAUCUGGUGUGUGGCUCCGAUGGGGUGGCCUAUGCUAAUGAGUGCGAGCUGAAAAAAUCCCGCUGCGAGAAACGCCAGGACGUUUACGUGGCAGGCCAGGGAUCCUGCCGAGGGGUCCAAACUCUUCCGUCUUCACAGGAACUCGUUCACUGCAGCAAAACCGUUUACGGCUGCUGCCCAGACAAUGUGACUUUAGCCCUUGGGGUUGGAUCAGCUGGAUGCCCCAGCACGUGUCACUGUAACCCCUAUGGCUCCUAUGGAGGGAGCUGCGACCCUUCCACGGGUCAGUGUUCCUGCAAACCUGGCGUCGGGGGGCUGAAAUGCGACCGCUGCGAGCCCGGCUUCUGGAACUUCCGUGGCAUCGUCACCGAGAGCAAGAGCGGCUGCACCCCCUGCCACUGCGACCCUGUGGGCUCAGUGCGUGAUGACUGUGAACAGAUGACCGGCUUGUGUUCGUGUAAAGCUGGGAUCACCGGCACUAAGUGCAAGCAAUGUCCCAGCGGAAGCAAGUUAGGAAUGUCCGGCUGCGAGAAAGAUCUCUCAGCACCCUCAUCCUGCACUGAAAUGACCUGUGAAUUUGGGGCGUCGUGUGUGGAAGUGAACGGCCUUCCCCAGUGUGAGUGCCCAUCUUUACUUUGCACGGAGGCUGACACAUCCAAGGUCUGUGGCUCUGAUGGAGUGACCUACGGUGACCAGUGUCAGUUGAGGACCAUUGCAUGCCGGCAAGGGAAGGUCAUAGAGGUGAAGCAUUUGGGCCCGUGCCGAGAAUCCCACGCCAGCCACCCCACCCCACCUGCAACGCAACAUCCUUUGGAUUCUGUCCUCCCUCUGGCCCCCGAAACCACGGCCCUGGCUCCUGAGCUGAUAGGGUCCUCCUCCCCCCCCUGGCACUCAGAAGACAAUGCUUCCCGCCAGAGUCAGCCGGUCACUUGGAGGGUAACCAGGCCUCCUGUCCUCUCCACUCUUCCGUGGACCACUCAGGGCAUCCGCCAGACCACCAUUCGACCCCUCUUGACAGCCCCGGUUGUUCCUGCCGCCACCCAGCCGGCUUACGUUGAGUCAGGCAGCGCGGAAGGCAGCGGAGAUCCAGAACUGGGCACCAGUGGAGAUCAGGAAGGCAGUGGGACCAGCUCUGCAGGGGAGGAAGGAAUAGAAGAGGCCAAGGUGCCAGGUACCCACCUGUUCGAGAGGGCCACCUGUUACAACACCCCUCUGGGAUGCUGCUCAGACGGCAAGACUCCUGCAGCUGACACCGAAGGAAGCAAUUGCCCAGCCACCAAGGUCUUCCAGGGGGUCCUCAGCUUGGAAGAGGUAGAAGGCCAGGAGCUGUUCUACACCCCGGAAAUGGCCGAUCCCAAAUCGGAGCUGUUUGGGGAGACGGCCCGGAGCAUUGAGAGUGUGCUGGACGAGCUUUUCCGCAACUCGGACGUCAAGAGGGACUUCAGGAGCGUCCAGGUGCGACAUCUGGGCCAGAACAGCGCCGUGAGGGUCAUUGUCGAGUCCCAUUUUGACCCAGCUACUUCCUACACGGCCGCCGACAUCCAGAAGGCCCUUUUGAAGCAGAUCAAAGUCUCUAAGAAGAAAACAAUCUUGGUGAAGAGGCCCCAGCAAGAGAACAUCAAAUUCAUGGACUUUGACUGGAUCCCCCAGCUCUUCACCACCACCACCACCACCACGAUUGCCACCACGAUGGCACCCACAGCCGCCAGUUCCCAGCGGUCCCCUACCACUGCUGCGCCCUGGACCCUGAACCCGGGAUGGCUCAACAGGAAGCCCUCCGGGGGCCUCGCGACCAAAAGGCCCGGCACCGCCCUUCCAGCCACGACAGACAGGAAGAAGCCCAUGCGCUUCGUUCCCGCCACCCGGAAGCCUGCCCGGCCCUGUGAUUCUCACCCCUGCUUACACGGAGGCACUUGCGAGGACGAUGGCCGGGACUUCACUUGCAGCUGCCCCGCAGGGAAAGGAGGAGCGGUUUGCGAAAAAUCCAUCCGGUACUUCAUCCCCAGCUUUGGUGGGAAGUCCUACCUGGCGUUCAAAAUGAUGAAGGCGUACCACACCGUCCGCAUAGCCAUGGAAUUCCGGGCCGCCGAGCUCAGCGGGCUGCUCCUGUACAACGGGCAGAACCACGGGAAGGAUUUCAUCUCCCUGGCGCUGGUGAACGGAUUUGUGGAGCUCAGGUUCAACACCGGCUCUGGGACAGGCGUGAUCACCAGCAAGGUGCCCGUUGAGCCUGGCCAGUGGCACCAGCUGGUGGUCAAUCGGAACCGGAGGACCGGCGUGCUGUCCAUGGACGGGGAGCCCCACGUCACUGGCGAGAGCCCGAGUGGGACGGAUGGGCUAAACCUCGACACUGACCUCUUUAUUGGGGGGGCACCAGAAGAUCAAAUAGCUGUGGUGGCCGAGCGCACCUCGGUUGCGACUGGUCUCAAGGGCUGCAUCCGCCUCCUGGACGUCAACAACCAGAUGUACGACCUGCGGGAGAAAGGCAGCAACGUGCUCUACGGCAGCGGGGUGGGCGAGUGUGGCAACAACCCGUGCCAGCCCAACCCUUGCCACCACGGCGGCCUCUGCCACGUCAUGGAGGCCGAGAUGUUUCACUGCAAAUGCCUCAACGGUUAUACAGGGCCCACCUGUGCUGACGAGAGGAACCCCUGUGACCCCAAUCCCUGCCACGCCUCUGCCACCUGCUUGGUGUUGCCGGAAGGCGGGUCCAAAUGCGAAUGCCCCAUGGGACGAGGAGGCGAGUUCUGCGAAUCAGUUGCUGAACUGGACCAGACGGUGCCUUUUCUGCCGGAGUUCAACGGAUUCUCGUACCUGGAGCUGAACGGUCUCCAAACUUUUGUGCCAGACCUCCAGGAUAAGAUGGCUAUGGAAGUUGUGUUCCUGGCAAAAAAUCCAAAUGGCUUAAUUUUCUAUAAUGGGCAGAAGACAGAUGGUAAAGGAGAUUUUAUCUCCCUGGCCCUCCACAACGGAUACCUGGAGUACAGAUAUGACCUGGGGAAAGGAGCAGCCGUAAUCAAGAGCAAAGAACCAAUCCCUCUGAAUACCUGGGUCAGUGUGUGGCUGGAGAGGAAUGCCCGGAAAGGCAUAAUGAGGAUUAACAAUGGAGAACGGAUCCUGGGUGAAUCUCCGUUGCCCCACACUUCACUUAACUUAAAGGAACCCCUGUAUGUGGGGGGAGCACCUGACUUCAGCAAACUGGCCCGUGCCGCAGCGGCGUCUGCUAGCUUUGACGGAGCCAUUCAGAAGAUCUCCAUCAAAGGGACCCCCGUCCUGAAGGGGGAGAACAUCCGCAGCGCCAUUGAGAUUUCUCCUUUCCGCUCUCACCCCUGCACUCAGAAGCCCAGCCCUUGCCAGAACAGGGGGACCUGCAGACCCCUCCUGGAGAGCUAUGAAUGCACCUGCCCCCGGGGCUUCUUCGGGUCCCACUGCGAGAAAGUCAUCACCGAGAAGGCGGCUGGCGACUUCGAAGCCAUUGCCUUCGAUGGCAGGACCUACAUCGAAUACCACAAUGCUGUUACCAAGAGUGAGAAGGCCCUGCAGUCAAACUACUUUGAGCUCAGCAUCAAGACCGAAGCCACACAGGGCCUCAUCCUGUGGAGCGGGAAGGGUCUGGAUCGCUCUGACUACAUCGCCUUGGCCAUCGUGGACGGCCGUGUCCAAAUGACCUACGACCUCGGCUCCAAGCCCGUGAUCCUGCGGUCCACCGUCCCUGUCAACACGAACCAGUGGAUUCAGAUCAAAGCGUCCAGAGUUCAGCGAGAUGGGUCCCUGCAGGUCGGCAAUGAGUCCCCCGUCACAGGUUCCUCUCCCCUUGGAGCAACACAGCUGGACACAGACGGGGCCCUUUGGCUGGGUGGGUUGGAGAAACUCAGCGUGACCCACAAGCUUCCCAAACCCUUUCUCACCGGCUUCGUGGGCUGCAUACGAGACGUGGUGGUCGACCGCCAAGAACUGCAUCUGGUAGAGGACGCUUUAAACAAUCCCACCAUACUACAGUGUGCAGCCAAAUGAAAAAAGCCUGCGUGUCUCUCUGUUCCCUCCUCCUGGCUAUUGCUGUAAUUAUUUUCUAUUUUUGUAAAACUUCUUGCUUUUUAUAUUUUGGGGGAGGGGGACAGGAAGAGCGGGGAUAGCAGAGAGACGAGGAGGAGGAGGAGGAGGAGGAUCAAGAGAGGACUUUGUUGGGGAAGAGAAUUUCUUUUGCGUUACUUGUUUGGUUGCAGCAUUAUCUCGCCCAUCGGACUCAUGAGGAGCAAAGCCUCCAUUUUUCAAGCAAGGCCAAGCAUCAGGAUGCGACCGAGGAACAAAGCCGCCCCACUCCGCUUUUGGGGGUCGGUUCUCCACUGUAAAUGUCACUCAUACUUGAAGUCAUUCUUUUAUUAUUAUUAUUAUUAUUAUUAUUUUUAAUCAGGUUUUUUUUUUUUGGCCAACACCAACGCUAAGGGGGAAACACAAAGGUGACCGCCACUGGAGGUCACAGGAAAAAGGUGGUCCAAGUCAUGGCAUCUCUGAACAAAGGAACAGCAGCUACUGUACAAACUCGAGGGGGAGGCCUCCCACCCCCCCAUCCCCACGGAAGAAAUUCAACGGGGAUUCAUGGCAGAAGUCCAAGAAACUGGACUCAGACGUUCACCCCGAAGCACCAGCUGGUCCUUUAGUCUUAACUAGGCUUAAUAUUGUCUUUUUGUACUCACAAUUAGAAUGACAAGCUGCUUGGUGUGCGUGUGUGUGUGUGUGCAUGUGUGCAUGCACACACACAUCUAUCCUUUGUCCUCUUUUGACAGAAGCCCACGGGAGGUUUAGCUCUCGGGUAACAGUGGCGAGAAUGGCUCUGCUGGAGAGAUGCAGGAUAGAAAAGGUGGUCAGAUAGUCUCAGAGAGGUAGGCAAAGGAACUGGGGAAGAGGAAAAGCCAGGGGGGUGGUGGUGGGUGGUGGGAAAACAGCAUUCCUAAACCCUCGAGGAGGUGAGCUUACAUUUCUUCAUAGUUCACAGAGAUAAGUGGUGAGGCCUCAGGAAACUUGAUCUGCAGCCUGGACACCAGAUUCCUGACACCACCUAGGACAGGGUUUCUCAACCUUGGCAACUUUAAGAUAUGUGGACUUCAACUCCCAGAAUCCCCCAGCCAGCAUGGGGAGUUUAGCAUUCUGGGAGUUGAAGUCCACCCAUCUUAAAGUCACCAAGGUCGAGCAACCCUGUCCUCAGAUCUAGGCUGAGCAUCCACCCAACCCAUAAAAUAAUUUUGGAGACAUUUCAGAGCAGUGGAGAGUUCUAACUAUGGUCUUUAAACCAAGUCCAGGCAAGGUGGCUGGUUCCCUUAGGUGACGCUCUGCAUGGUUGGCUGCUCUGUAUUCCCACCCUGGAAGAACAGCAUUUCAGAGGUUUAGCUGUACUCUCAUCCUUGGGAGGUGCCAAUCUUGCCUAAAACUGACUCUCCAGAUUUGCACACAUGCUCGUGAGCACCUCCUCCCCCAGAUUUGUGUCUCAUGAAUCAUCUGUGGCUCUCUUUGGGUAAGAAAAAAAAUACAUACAUACACACAUUUCUAUGGUGUGGUAUGUACAGCCAGAAGGGAAGGGACUGAAUCCAGGGACUUUCAGAAACUUCCUCCUACAUUCCAAAUCCUUUGGAGAUAUUCCAAACCUUUGGGAUGCCCUUGGCAGGAAAUUCAGAACGGGACCCUCCCAAAGGGGUGGCAAGCAGUGUAAUUAAAAGAAAGCGGCCCUCCGCAACAGACUUCCUGCGAUAUCCUGAAAUUGCUGGUGGGAAACUGGCAACUUCAGGGCUGUCCCCCGCCCCUUCCAAUGACGUCACUCGGGCAGGUUGGCCCAUAAGAUGGCUGGGAGAGCAGCUCGUAAGUCGACCGAGGGUGGGUUUUGAGUGUGCAUGUAUGUUUUGUUAAUACGAUUCCCUGUUUCUACCACUCCUGGUUGCGUGUGAGACCUAUUUCCACACGUCGUUUUUAUCCAGCUGUGUGCAACCCCACUGCUCUUUCUUGGCGGAAUCCACCUACCAACAAUCUUGCGGCUUGGGUGACUUAUUAGGGGAGGAAAGCGAUCCUUGAAAAUGCUCUUUCAGUGCAUUCCCUGCAGUCAUUCCACCCUGUCCAAAAAGCCCCAAACAGUUCCCGGGAAUUAUUGCAGCCACCCGUAAAGGUGCUGAAAAUAGAAACACUUCGGAUUGAUUUACAGGAGUGUUUUUCAAACUUGGCCAUUUGAAGACGUGUGGACUUCAGUGCUCAGAAUUCCACACGUCUUAAAAGAGGCCAAGUUUGAAAAUCACUGCUUUACAGCAACCUGUUUUUCUCAAACGAUGAUCUUUCUGGCUUUGUGGGAAGUGAAUUUGGAAACGGUUGGGUUUCGGUUGAAUGGCAUCUCAAAGCCCGAGGCAUCUGUUGCUUAUGGUGUUGAGAGUGGUAACCUGAAGACCCUACCCUGAGCCUAGAACAUGGCAACCUAAGGAGGGCUAAAGCCCCUCUUCCUGGUCACCUGUCUGGGUCUUCUUUUGACUCUUAUGCCCCACCUGGGUGUUGCGGGAACUGAAAGGCACCAUUCUGAUGUCCCACCAUGCCGUUCAUGGAGAUGCAAGCCAUAGUGGGAAACUGGAAGGGCUUCCAAACGCAACAGAUUGGACUCAACAGAGGCUGCCUCUCCCAGAUCAAGAAGUCAGCGGUCACCCGAAAGAUGAGAUUUGGCAAACCUCUUGAUCCCAACCUAUUCAGCUCAGCACCAGGUCUCAUGGACAGCUGUUUUGGUGUGUUUUGGGCGAUGACGCAACAAACUGGAUCCAUUAAUAAACGCGUUGAGGUCCAGAAUGGGGACUGAGCUAACAGACGAGCCUCUGAAAAGAGACUUUUUUUGCCCGAGUGAACCCUAUUUGAGAGAGAAAACCACAGCAACCCCUAUGCCGGACUGCAAAUACAUUCAGAAACUGGCUUUGCUGUUCCAAAUGGCAAAAAACAUCCUCCAGGACCUCAUCUUUCCCUUCUUUGGGAAUUGUUGGGAAAAUCCACUCCGUAUGGAAUUAGGCUGGGCUGGAUUUUCCCCCUGAUCCUCCAGUGGGCCAAAUUAGUUGCCCCAGAGCUUCUGAGCAGGUUGCAUGCUCCCCUUUCCAUCCAAUGUGAAGCAGCUUAGCCCAAACUCCAGGCCAGCUUGGCACUGAAGCUGAAUGUCCGAAUCCCAAUUUUUUUCCACCCAUCCAAGGUGGUUCCGAGUGGCUCAGCCUCCCUCUCUUGGAGGCCUAGGUACAGGCACCCUGAUCUGGAAUUUAAGGCUGGAGAAGGAAUGUACUUGGAGGAGAAUAAUAUCAGUGCAAGAACACCGUGGUUGCAUUUCUUAGCAUGGCCUUCCUGGGUACCACUCGAGACAUGGGAGUGAUGGGAAGGAGCCACACCCCUAAAUGUGAAGGAACUGGGCCAGCUACUCUCAGCCAAUUGUUACUCCUGUGACUGAGCUCUGAUUAUCGGGGACCCCCUUUUCCGCAUCUCCCUGUUCGGUAUCAUUAACACUGAUGUCUCUGUGGUGCUAGGGGCUAAACAAGCGAAAACAGGACAGCCGUGUGUUUCAAAAGAACAAUAAACAUCCAAAAAUUGGGAAAA